AUGGGCCGUGCAAUGUGUGAGUACGAUGGCGGCCCAGACGUUACUCGCUUUGCCGCCCUCAAAUCCAAGCACAAGGAACUGCAGCGCCGCGUCACCCUCUUUGAAGAUUUCAUCCGCCUGCUGCCGAUGCGCCCCGAGGUGGAGUCCGUCAAAAUUAUCGGCCGCAUGCGCAUCGCCAACAUCGAAACGGAUCUCGAAGACCUCGUUAAGUUCAUCAAGAACGCCGACUUGUUGGUGCGAAUGGCCUCCGCCCAGUCGGACCAGACACCCCUGGCCUCAGGGGAGCCCAGUGUCGACACGCACCUACCAACCAUGCCCCUGGACGACAUCUCCUCUCUCAUCGAGCUUUUGUAA